GAAGAAGAGAGAGAGAGACACAGAGAGACACAGAGAGAGAAGCAGAGAGAGAGUUCUUGAGAGAGAGAGAGAGACCGUUAAUUUCCGUUAAUAUAUGAAGGAAUUUUGAGAGAGAGUUGGGUAAAAUGGUUACAGACCAAGAGCUUUCUCAAGCUAUUCAAUGUCUUCUCCGCGACUCCGCUUCUGCUGCAAACCCUAGCGCUUUCUCCUCGCUUAACGCCGUCGUUCAGGAGCUGGAGACCAAGCUCGGCCUCGACCUGUCUCACAAGGUCGAUUUCAUCCAUGCCCAGAUCCAAUUCCUCCUCCGUUCUCACCCUUUACAUCCUCAACACCACCACCGCCACCACCAACCACCGCCACCACAGCCGCCGCCGCCGCCGCAGAAAGAUCUCUUUACCCUUCAUCAAACCCCUAAUUUCCAAUCUGCCCCUUCCCCCACUUCCUCGGCUUUCCAUACUUUCACCGCUCAGCCGCCGCCGCCUAAGCCGGACACUGCCGUCGCUCCCACUCUUGCGCCUUCUGACCCGCCCAAGGAAAGUACCCAAACUAAAACUAAGAGAAGAGGAGGCCCGGGGGGUCUAAACAAGCUCUGUGGUGUUUCUCCUGAACUUCAGGCUAUUGUUGGGCAACCAGAAUUGCCAAGAACUGAGAUAGUGAAACAGCUAUGGGCAUACAUCAGGAAAAACAACCUACAGGAUCCGAGUAACAAAAGGAAAAUAAUAUGCAAUGAUGAGUUGCGGUUGGUAUUUGAAACAGACUGCACCGACAUGUUCAAAAUGAAUAAGUUGCUAGCCAAACACAUCAUCCCUCUUGAACCUACAAAACCAUCAAGUUCUAAGAAGGCGCGAGUGGAGAAUGAAUCUGGAAUUGGUGUAAAAGGUGCAGAAUCUAGUAUAUGUCCUUCUGUGAUUAUAUCCGAAGCUCUUGCAAAAUUUUUUGGUGUUGAUGGAAGGGAGAUGCUCCAAACAGAGGUUCUGAGAAGAAUAUGGGAGUACAUAAAAGUCAAUCAUCUUGAGGACCCUCUAAACCCAAUGGCGGUGUUGUGUGAUGCAAAACUCCAAGAACUGUUUGGUUGCGAAAGCAUUUCUGCUCUUGGAAUCCCAGAAGUUUUAGGCCGCCACCAUAUAUUUAGGAGAUCAUGAUAGCUAAUCUACUAGGAUGUUGCAGAUUGAUGGUGUUAGCGACCUAUACAUAACAGGGCGAUGUUUGGAAAAAGUCGAUAUGGUUUUUUUUUUUUCUUUUAAAUGCUGUAAUCAGUGAUGAUAAUAUUUUGCUUUUGGAUCUUAUUAUAUGUUAAGAAGGUAAGGUGUGAACUUGGGGAUGUAACAAGAUGAUGAUGAUGAUGAUGAUGGGGGCUUGUGGCAGAAUUUAUUUUGCAAUUGCCUGCCUGCCUGCCAAGUCCUUGGGUUUCCAUUUGUCUGACUUGGUUAUUUAGGUUAGAGUGACCCUGGGAGUUUCUAACAUCCAUUACACUGCUGAUAAUGAUGGGUAAAAUUAUGUUAUCUACUACUACUCUCUCACUAGUUUGUUAAAUAUUAUGUUUUCUUGUAGUCAAUUUUAGCCUUCUACUUUGCUUU